AUGAAGAACUCAGUGGCUUUGCUGGUCGCCCUAGCUCUACCGACUUUGGGGAAACUGAGUCUACGCCAAAGAGAUUCUCCGGCGGUGGUUGGGCUGAAUAUCAAGCGCAACGAGAUAUCGGAUCCGGUGACGAGGGACCGUAAGAGAUGGAAGCGUGACAAGACUGUGGGGGUCGCUUUGGAAAAUGAGGAAGCGCUGUACUUCUGCAACGUUAGCUUGGGUACCCCCGCGCAGGACUUGCGUCUGGUCAUAGAUACCGGUAGUAGUGACCUAUGGGUGAAUGCUCCAAACUCCACCCUCUUAAAUCUUCUACUGUCCUCCUAUGUGAACGAUGAUUUCAACAUCACAUAUGCCGACGACUCGGGCGCCACGGGGAACUAUUUGACGGAUACACUCAGAAUUGGGGGCUCCUCGCUGAAGAACUUCCAAUUCGGGGUGGGUUAUACAUCAAGCUCCGCAGAGGGUGUUCUCGGAAUCGGGUAUCCGUUAAAUGAGGCCCAGGUGGGCGUGGCAGGGCAGACGACCUAUGCUAAUCUACCCAAGGCCAUGGUCAAUAAUGGUCUUAUUCGAUCAUCUGCCUACAGUCUGUGGUUAAAUGAUCUGGAUUCGAACGAGGGCUCAAUUCUCUUUGGUGGAGUCGACACUGCCAAAUAUCAUGGCUCUCUCGAGACACUGCCCAUCCAAAAGACCUACGGGGAAUACACAGCUUUCUACAUUGCUCUCACCUCUUUGUCCCUGACUAAUUCAUCGGGGACCACCGAGUUUUCGUCCAAAUCUCUCCCGUCCGCCGCCCUCUUGGAUUCAGGAAGCUCGUUGACUUAUCUCCCGGAUAGUAUUGUUACUGAUAUUUACGAUGCUUUGGGGGUGACCUGGGAAGCUUCCCAGCAAACUGCAUACCUGCCAUGCAGCAUUGCCAAGAAGGACUACAACAUCUCCUACACCUUCUCCUCCCCGACCAUCAAUGUCGCCAUUAGUGAACUCAUUCUGGGAUUCACCGGCGCCACGUAUUCCGACGGGGAGGAAGCCUGCGUCUUCGGUCUGAAUCCUUCCGGCGGCAGCACAAGUCUCCUCGGCGAUACUUUCCUGCGCAGCGCAUACGUGGUCUACGACAUCAGCAACAACGAGAUCUCUCUUGCAAACACCAAUUUCAAUACCCAGGAUAGUCACGUUGUGGAGAUCGGAACUGGCGAUGAUGCCGUACCUGGUGCCACGGCGGUUGCCAACCCUGUGACCACCAUCGCUGUGGGCACUGAAGGUGCACGGAUUGGUGGCGCCGGCGGGAGCAGCAGCACUGGCGUCAUUUCUGGAGGUACGCAGAAUGCAGCCGCACGGCCGACUGGGAUGGCUUCGCAUUUCGCGCUCGGAUUGGGCGCUGCUUUGCUUGCCUUCUAA